UCAACGGUAAGAGCCGAAGAUGUCGGCUCGGUCAUGUGAUCAGCUGUUUCCAAUCAUAGCUGAUCGCAUGUAAAUAGGGAAAUGCCACUCGAGAGGAGAGGAGAGCCGGUAAUCAGCAUUCCUACAUGUGCACAUCAAUGCCACCUGUCAGUGUCCAUCAGUGCCAGCUGUCAGUGCCCAUCAGUGCCUCAUCAAUGCUACAUAUCAGUGCCUACCAGUGCACAUCAAUGCCACAUAUCAGUGCCCAUCUGAGCUGCCUUUCAGUGUCACCUAUCAGUACCAGUCAGUGCUGCCAAUCAGUGCCGCCCAUCAGU